AGUCCGUUAUCAUUCGAUCAUGUACCUGGACCGGCAAUUCUUAAACUGUGGUAUAAAUAUUGGAAAUACGUACCCUUGUUUGGUACACAAUUAUUUCAUAGCGUACUCAUCAAUCGUCUUACAGAAGGUAACUUAUGGAAUCGCAAUUCAACACCUUUACAAUAUUUAUUUAAUCAAUACGGACCGAUUGUUCGGUUAGGAGGUCCUUUAUUAAAUGAUAUCGUUUUAAUUCACAGACCAGAGCACAUUUCUAAAGUUUUUGAUGAAGAAGGCGAAAUGCCGACUAGAAGUGGCAUUGAUAUUUUACAACAUUAUCGUCUCAACCAUAGGCAAUAUCGAUUUUCAGGACCCUUCUGCACUCAAGGACAAGAAAGUUUGAAAUGGAUUGAAACCAAAAAGUCAUUGAGAGCUCCCAUUGCAGAACAAUUAAAAAAUCAAUUCAGAAAGUUAGAUAAAAGCUGCAAUGAAUUUGUAUCCAGAAUUCGACAAAUAAAAAAUCGUCAAGAUGAGGUGCCCGAUAAUUUCAAUUCUGAGUUAGCCAGAUGGGGCGUGGAAUGUUUUUGGAUUUUGAUGAUUAACAAACAAAUUGGAUUCCUUAAUUCAGCGGGCUAUGAAGAAAACUCUGAGCCCACAAAAUUUAUCAAAGCGCUAAUGAAUGCUCAGCUUUAUUUAAGCCGCUGCGAAAAUGGAUUUCAAUUCUGGCGAUUUAUGGAUACACCUUCGUCCAAGAAACUGUUUGACGCUUGUGAUGUGAUUGAUGGGAUUAUUGGAAAGUACAUACGUUUUGCACAAACUAGCCAACAAUAUGAUUCAGCUUUGAAAUUGGAAAAUGAAAACUAUAUUAAUUCGACUAUUUUAGAAACUAUGUUGAUCAAACAUAAUAUGAACCCCAAUGAAGUAUCCACUUUAUUGAUGGAUAUGGUUAUCCUUGGCGUAUUGGCGACAACAAAUAGUUUGUCAUUCUUAUUAUAUUAUUUGUCAAAAAAUCCUCGAGUGCAAAGAAAUUUAUAUCACGAAAUCAUAUCCAAAACCGCAAAUGAUUUAAUUUUAGAAAAAAAAACGUUUGAUGAAAUGCCUUAUUUGAAUGCUUGCAUUAAAGAGUGUUUAAGACUUAGGCCACCUUUUCCAUAUCUUACUCGUUUACUGUCCAAAUCCAUUUCCUUGCACGGUUACACUAUACCAAAAGGCACUUAUUUGAUAAUGGCCAAUCAAUUAUCAUCUCAAAGAGAAGAAAAUUUUGAAGAUUCUGAAAAGUUCAGACCCGAGAGAUGGAUGACAGAUAAUGUUUGCCAUCCUAAAAAUAGCUAUUUACCUUUCGGAAAAGGAUUAAGAUCUUGUAUUGGAGAGGACAUGGCUAAAAUAGAGAUGAUGUUACUUAUAACAAAGAUUUUGCUCGAAUACCGGAUUGAAUAUGAUUAUGGUGACAUUCACAGUAAUAUGCUGAUGAUGAAUGUACCUUCAAAACCUCUAAGAUUUCGAUUUAUUGAAAGAGAUGAGUGUAAAAACUGA